AUGGCGAAGAAACCGGAUCCCAAUGAGAUUGUCUAUGUUUAUUUGCGCCAAUUGGGUGGUGAAGUUGCCCCUUCUUCCGUCCUGGCCCCAAAGCUAGGUCCAUUGGGUAUGUCACCAAAGAAGGUCGGUGAUGAUAUCGCUAAGGAGACAGCAAGCUGGAAGGGGAUUAAAGUCACAGUUAAGUUGACAAUCCAGAACAGACAGGCUCAAAUCGAAAUAAAGCCAAGUGCCACCGCUUUACUAAUCAGGGAACUUAAGGAACCCUUGAGAGAUAGGAAGAAGGUAAAGAAUAUUAAGCACAGUGGAAAUUUGACAUGGGAUCAAUUGCUGACUGUAGCCAGGACAAUGAGGCCAUCUUCCAUGGCCAAGACCUUCAAGGGAACUGUUAAGGAGAUUCUUGGCACAUGUAACGCUAUAGGUUGCUCCGUAGAUGGUCAAAAGCCAAGAUCUUUGCAGGAGAAGAUCGAUAAUGGUGAGAUAGAGAUCCCUAAUGAGUAA